UAUUUUUCACAGCAAAGAGUGUCGUUGCAGUCGUACGUAGCUUGGAAAAAGAUGGGCGUUCCUUCUUUGACCCAACAAUAACCUCUCACCUCUCCAACAAUACUUCCAAUCGAACGGCCCUCAGUUGAAUCUCAAACCGCCAAAAUUUACAGGCACAUUUACUACCUAUUUCUUGCUGGUCCACUCUCAUUGCCUUCUGCUCAAUUUAUUUUAUUACCCCAUUUCUCUUUGAACGUUUAUUGCCGGCUUUGAAUUUUUCAACAAACUGGGUCGUUGCUUUCUCUCUGAGGCAUUUGGUUGAUUUGGAGGUGCGAUCACCAAGUUCUUGAUUUUCUCUGUCGAGACAGCGAUGGACCUUCCCUGGGUUGUUUGAUCUUUAUGAGGUCAGGUGUUAAAAGGAACAUGGUAUUGCAGGUUACUAAUUUGAGCUAAACAGCAAUCAAGGGGUUCUCAUCCUUAGAUCCGUGCGAGUUGUGAUGGGCUUCUUCAUAAAUAUGGCACUAAUUAGCAGAACUUUUACUCUUUUUGUUGGUAUCCUAGUACUGUUGUUGUUGGAUGACAGUUUCAGCUAUGGUCUUGAGAGUGAUAUUCAGUGCUUAAAAGCUCUUAAAGCUUCCUUGGAAGAUCCAUUCAAUUACUUAAGCACUUCAUGGAAUUUUGAUAAUGGUACUGAAGGUUUCAUAUGUACAUUUAUUGGAAUUGAAUGCUGGCAUCCUGAUGAGAACAAGGUUUUAAAUAUCCGGCUUCCAGACAUGGGACUCAAGGGCGAGUUUCCACGUGGUCUUGUAAAUUGCUCAGCCAUGACAGGCUUAGAUCUUUCCAGCAACAAGCUUUAUGGAGCUAUUCCUGCCGACAUCUCUACAUUAGUCCAGUAUGUUACAUCUCUUGAUCUAUCAUCUAACAAUUUCUCUGGAGGGAUCCCAUCAGGCCUUGCCAAUUGUACCUAUCUGAAUAUUCUUAAACUCGACAACAACCAGUUGACAGGUCAAAUUCCUGCACAGCUUAGCCUGCUUGGUCGGAUGAAGACAUUUAGCGUAUCCCACAAUCACUUGAGUGGGCCAGUUCCAAAUUUUUACAAUGCUACAAUUCCAGCAGAGAAUUAUGCAAAUAAUGAUGGACUCUGCGGGGGUCCUUUGCCCCCUUGCCAAGGUCCCAAGGCAAAAACCCACACUGGAAUCAUUGCCGGAGCGGCUGCUGGUGGGCUGAUUGUUGCAGCAUUAGGUGUUAUUGGUAUGUUCCCCUAUAUCCGUAGGGUGUCUAAAAAGAAGAAGGAAGAAGACCCUGAAGAAAAUAAAUGGGCGAAGAGUAUAAAGGGAGCCAAAGGAAUCAAGCUUUCCAUGUUCGAGAAGUCUGUUUCGAAAAUGAGAUUAAGUGAUCUCAUGAAGGCUACUAACAAUUUCAGCAAAGUCAACAUCAUUGGAUCAGGAAGAACGGGAACUAUGUAUAAGGCAGUCCUUGAAGAUGGCACUUCACUUAUGGUGAAAAGGUUGCAAAAUAGUCAACACUCUGAAAAAGAAUUUAUGUCUGAGAUGGGUACUUUGGGGAACGUGAAACACCGUAAUCUGGUUCCUCUUCUUGGUUUUUGCAUGGCUAAGAAAGAGAGACUUUUGAUUUAUAAGCACAUGUCAAAUGGUACCCUCUAUGAUAAAUUACAUAUUGUGAAUGAUGGUGGUAAAUCUAUGGAGUGGGCUACGAGGCUCAAAAUUGGUAUAGGGGCGGCCAAAGGAUUUGCAUGGCUUCAUCAUAAUUGCAAUCCCCGUAUCAUUCAUCGUAACAUAAGUUCCAAAUGCAUCUUGCUGGAUGUGGAUUUUGAGCCCAAAAUUUCUGAUUUUGGACUUGCUAGGCUCAUGAACCCCGUUGAUACUCAUUUGAGUACGUUUGUGAAUGGGGAGUUCGGGGAUUUGGGUUAUGUCGCUCCUGAAUAUGCACGAACUCUGAUGGCCACCCCUAAGGGGGAUGUUUACAGCUUUGGAGUUGUGCUUCUUGAGUUGGUGACUGGUGAGAGACCUACCCAUGUGGCUAAAGCCCCUGAAACCUUUAGUGGAAAUUUGGUGGAAUGGAUUACACAACUUUCAAGCAACUCCAAGCUUCGAGAUGCCGUUGACAACUCUUUGGCUGGGAAGGGUUAUGAUAAUGAGCUUUUCCAAUUCCUUAAAGUUGCAUGUAUUUGUGUACUGCCCCCUCCCAAGGAGAGGCCUACUAUGUUCGAAGUGUACCAACUUCUGAGAGCCAUUGGGCAGCGAUACAAUUUUACUACAGAUGAUGAAAUUUUGAUGCCACCAAGUACUGCUGAUGCUGACUUCAUAGAGGAACUCAUUGUUGCUGGAGAGGUGAAGGUGAAUCUUACGCGUGAGUGAGAGGUAGUAAUGAAUGUCACCAUAAUCUGUAUGUAAUUAUCUGCUUUUGUUGUUUAAAUAAAUGUAAUAAUUUUAGUGUCUUGGUUGUUGUUUGACUCUUCUAUAUUGAUCAAUUAGUUUCUUCAUUCAA